GUACAGUACGUCAAUGCGGUAGUAGUGAACGGCAGAGUUUCGCUGUAGGUGAAUGUUGGAAAGGUCUGACCGGCUCUACGUCGCUAAACUGACAGCCAACGGGCCGCGGGGAUUGUCGGAGCCGCCGUAGGUCGGUGAAACAGUCAUGGGGAACGUAGAGAGCGGCUGCGGUGGAGGCAGCGGUGACGAGGAAGACGUAGAAACGGAGAGCCCCGGCUUCGCGGAAGACAGUCCGGCCUCUGCGGCCACUGGCGGCGGUGUUGGAGCAGUCGGAGGCUCCGGUUCUGCCAAAAGCGGAAGGGGAUCGAAUAACGUGGCCGUGCCUACCGGUGGACCACCCACCCCCGGUGUACUCUUAGAACAAGUGAAACUGAGAGAAGCGGCGGCCCGUAUCGGUGACUCGGGGGUCGCCAUUCAGGAAUCUGUCUUGGCAGGGAAUGAAGGGGCCCUGGUGCGGUGGCUGGAGGACCGUUUAAACCGAGGAGAGGAGUCUGUUAAUGUCGAACAAUUCUGUGAGAUGUUGGAGGGCAGAGAUGCUCCGAGAGAAGAAUGUGAAGAGGCUUUUGGGCAGUUUGACGCCGAGGGUGAUGGGGUGGUGGAUGUCGAGAGCAUGCUGAUUGCAUUGAAGAACUCCAAUGGAGCUAAUCUACAGGGAGAGCUCAGUCAUGUGAUAAGACAGCUACAGUCUUGCUCUCUAACCCCAGGAUUUGUUGACAUUUUCUCCAAGACCAAAGACCGGUUAGGGGCACAUGCAUCUAAGAUCCUUAAGUUCUUACACAGGAAUCGUAUCCCCAGCAGUGCCAUUCCAUUCCCUGUCUUAGAGGGCUACAAUAAUAUCUGCACCAUGAGGUCCAGUGUGGUCCAGGACUACUUGGAAUUCCUUUUGCAAAAAGAGAAAGAUUUAGAUAUCCAAUACAGAGCGGAACUGGACCGCGACCCAGAGGUGGACAAGGUCAAGGUGGUCACGCAGUGCUACAGCGCAAUAGAAGCUUCAUCUAAUGUUGCUGACGUUUACAAGAUAACAAAUGGUGAAACUUCAACUUUCUGGCAGUCAGAUGGCAGUCCACGCUCACACUGGAUCAGGUUGAAAAUGAAACCAGAUGUGGUUUUGAGACGGCUGGCCAUUGCUGUGGCUUCAAAUGACCACAGCUACAUGCCUCAGCUGAUCUCACUGGCUGUGGGGAAAAAACGUCGUUCCCUGCAAGAAAUCAAAGAGGUCCGCAUCCCCAGCAAUGUCACAGGCUAUGUUGUUCUCCUGGAGAAUGCCAACAUAACACUCCCCUACAUCCAAAUCAACAUCAAGCGAUGUCUGAGUGACGGAUGUGACACCAGGAUUCAUGGCUUGAAGACUCUCGGUUAUCAGAUUACCAAGAGUAAAGAGGUGUCUGUUUCGGAUGCUUCAGCCAUCUGGUACCUGUCUCUCCUCACUUCCUUGGUCACUGCUUCUAUGGAGACUAACCCUGCACUGGCCCAGACUGUCCUUCAGAGCACGCAAAAAGCCUUGCGCCACAUGCCACCAUUGUCCCUGACACCAACAUCCACGGAGUUUCCCAAGUUCUUCUCUUUGAACAUCCUAGAGGAGGUGGAUGGAUUUCUGCUCAGGAUAGCAGACUGCUGUGUGAGCCGUGAUGCAGAACUGACCCUGCUGGCCUUCGCUCUGGCCAGAGGCAGCGUGGCAAAAGUGCUCCAGGCCUUGUCCUGCCUCAACAAUCAUUUAAAUACCGAGUACAAGGCGUCCUCCCUCAUUGCAUCUAUGGCCUCGGUUAGGCUGCGACUACACUACCACAACGGAAAGCCCCUCCAGCUGCACCUACAGGCCUGUGAUGUGAAGAGUAAAGAGGAGAAAUCCGGACCAGAGAACAUGCUCACAGAGUCUUCCACUGGUGAUGGUUUUCUCACAGAGACUGGCAGAAAGAAAGCCAGUGUGAUACUGUCCACUGAGGACCAGAGCAACUUCCAGGUCACUCAGAUGAAGAUCAAAGUGCGGAAAGGAGCCAUUGGAGCAAAAUGUGGCUUGGUGUUUGCGUACAAAGACGAGGACCCUUUUGAUGCAGAGAAACAUUUCAGGAGGUUCAAAAAGUAUGACUCGUGGAACUACAAGGACUAUAAAAAGUUUGUUCAGGCCAGUGUGAAGAUUCCAGCAGAGACUGAGGACGAGCCGAUUGGCUGGUUCGAGCUUGAGGAGGACUGGAACGGCGUUGAGAUCAAGCUGCAGCAGUAUCGAGUUGCAAAGUUCCUGAUGGUGAAAUUCCUCUGCACCAGGCAGGACUCUGCUGAGCGUCUGGGUGUACAGUCCAUCAGCUUUAGUGGCUACUUGUGCCCUGGGAUGGAGAAGCUGGGGGACCUGGAUGACCUCAGUCUAAAGGGAGAGCGCUUCGACUGUGAUGCUGUCACUGGCCUUUGUCUACUUAACAAGACACUUUUCUUCAUUCAGCAGCUUACACGAGACAUGAAUACUUCUCAAUUCAAGCAGAAAUGUCUCCUGGACUUCAGUGGCCUCACCCUCAACCUCUUCUGGAAAUUCUACAGUAAACUCAGAGAAAUUGAGGGAGAAGAGGUGUUGAAGAGUAGAGUUCUGCUGCUCCAGUUGAUGGAGAACUGUUUCCCUGUGCUGCCCAACCCACUGGAGUACGAAGGCGCACAGGAGAGUAGGGUGCCGGAUGCAGAAGGUGCUGCAGCAGCAGCUUGUCCAUCCACAUCCAGCAGUGAAGAGCCUCUGAAUGACUCAGUUAAGGCUGUGUGUGAAUUUUACACUCACCUCUGCCAAAUUGUGGACGAUCCAGUGGGUGAAACAUUGGUGGAGAAAGCUUUGCACAGUGAAGCAGUCAAGGCCAUUCUUAAUGGUGCUGCUGUUUUCUUUCCUGAUAAACGCGUACGUCGAGACAGACUCUUCCACAUGAUGAAACAUAUUACUGAAGAGGAUCAGCCAGAGUCAGUAAAGGUGACAUUUGAGUCACUCUGUAAUUACUUCAGUGAUCAGGAUCCAAGUGGCCUUCUUCUGCUACCACCUAAAGGAGCUCCUGCAGACUUUGACAUCAGCCCCAUGCUGUCAGUCAUGGAGACACUGCUUCUGGUGGCAACCCGAGAGUGUGAAGUUAUUAUGGUGGAUGGGAGUAGUGGACCCAGCAGGGCGGUGUUGUUGUCCUUGUUCUGGGCACUGCAAGGAAGUCUGCUCUCCUGGUGCUACCUGCAGCUUAAAGGAGGAACUUCAACAGCCAUCGCCAUGGAGUUGGCAAGAGACAUCCUGCUAAAAUAUGUGGAUCAGUUCUUGGGAAAUGUUAAGACUGCCUUUCUUUCCCUCCUGGAGAGAUACACUGGUGCUGAAAUUACUGACAAACUUGGCAACUCCAUCCUAGCCACAGUCUUCAGACAACUGUUGAUCUUCUUCCUGGAGUUGUGUUCUUUGGACAUCCCUCACAGUGUGCUGCUGAAGAGCUUCUCUUCCCUUGUUGAGCUCUUCAAAAACCUGACCACUGACACUGGAGACAUACUUUCAAAGGUGGAUCAAGAGAGCUGGCACCAGCCGCAGCAGCCAGUGGUGUUGAGAACCUGGAACAUGGAAUCUCCUCACAACUAUGAGAACAGCCGCCAUGAGACCACCAUCUUUGCGUGUCCCGGUGCUACUUCCUUUGAGGUCGAGUUCGAUGAGCGCUGUGAGACAGAGAAGAGAUAUGAUUACCUAGAAUUUACAGAUUCUAGAGGUGGCAAAGUUCGCUAUGACAUGAAAGUUGGAACUGAGAAGUGGCCAAAGAAAGUGACGUUUGAUGCUGGCCCUCAGCUCCAGUUCCUCUUCCACUCUGACAGCAAUAAUAAUGAGUGGGGUUAUAAGUUCACUGUGACAGCCAUGGGGUUGCCGGACAUCACCAUUUCCUGGAUGUCAGACCUUCAGCUGCUUGUGGCUCGCCUGAUGGGUCGUCUUGCAUCUAGAACUCUUGCACUGAAAUCCCCUCAUGAGAUACGCACCAUUAAAGAGCUUCCAUUAGGGAAAAUGUCCCAUGUUCACUCAUCUCCUUUGUGGAAACCCAUCCUGCGACACGGCCUGUGUGAAACAAAUCAGAAGAAAAUACACUCAGAUCAGACAAAUACAUGGACUCUUGAUGAUGUAAUGAGCUUCCUGGAGGACUUUGCUCGAUGGAAUCCUUCACAGGAAAUGACAGACAGCAGAACAGAGUUGAUGAAGACACUCAUGCACUCCUGCAGAAAACAGACAAUGAGGAAUGAGAUUGCAGCCGGGUCAAAGACGGACCAAGCUGUGAAUGCCAUUUGGGCAGUUAUGGUUUACCACACACCGGCCCUCAACCAAGCCCUGAUGACAUAUGUUAAUCAGGAUUGCAAGUGCUGUCUUAGUGAAGAGUUUGUGCAGGUGUAUUCAUUAGCAGACAGCAUCAGAAUGUGGAUGCUGGAGAUGAAGCAGCGACACCUAGUUGGCAAAAUGAAUGUUCCUGAUGAGAAUGAAGGGGUUACUGAUGAGGUUACUGCGGAGACUUUAUCUGAGAUGUGUAUCGAGAAGAGCCUCUUACUGUUCAGAUUUGCCCCUUGUGGAGUAACAUACCAGGACAGUGAGUCAUUGAAAGCUGCAGGGGGGAGCAGUGUGCCACUCUUCCACUCCAGUUCGAUCGUGGAAGGAGACUUCCAGCCCAGCUCCUCUCCAGGAGCUCAGACUACAGGGGUUGAUGAGGGCAGUGAGAGCAAGGCCGCACAGGACAACUCCCACGGUGCUCAAGUCCAAAACUCUACUACUUGUUUGCACAGCAGGCAAGGCCACAGAGGCUCCACAGAGAGCCUCUCAUCUCAGACAGCAGACCCAGCCUCACCCUCAGCUUUCCCCCGUAAACCCCCAUUCAGUCGGGCACGCCUACGACUCCUGUCCUGCCGAUCGAUGGAGGAGCCCCACAUGACUCCUUCCGUCAAGGAUCGCCACCCGAUACUCAAACACAUACUAAACUUUAUCAGGGACCAGGCUCUAACAACUGCAAGCAUUCUGCAGACACUCUCUCUGAACAAAGCCCAGGCUCUGAGCGUGUGCAAGGUCCUUGAGAUGGUGCAGCAGUGUUUGCAUUCCCUUGGAAAGCCACAUCUAUUCCAAGCCCCCUGCAUCUUAUUCCUACAAGAACUAGUGGCAUGCCAGAAAGACUUCACCAGUUAUUUCUCCCACCUGUCAGACAGUGGGCAGAAGCUAGGAGAGGAGGUGCGGCGUUCCUACCAUCAUUUGAUGCUCAUGCUUGUAGAAGCGGUACAAGGCUUCAGCAGCCUCAAUGAGAAAGCGCUGCUUCCAGCCCUGUCAUGUGUGCAGACAUGCUUGUUGCACCUUCUAGACAUGAGCUGGGAGCUGCAGGACCUACCUCUUUUCCUGAACAUCAAGCUUCCUGACCUCCUACUUAGCAUGUCCCAGGAGAACAUCAGUGUCCAUGACAUUGCCAUCAGUCAGUGGACAGAGGAAGAUGAAAUUGCAGACUACAAGAAGAACCAGGAGUGGAUGGAUGAGUGUAUGGACGGGAUGUUUGAGAAGUGGUACGACAAAAUAGAUGAGGAGGAGUCCACGGAAGACAGGAGAAAGAUGCACAUGUUCAUUGCACGCUAUUGUGACCUGCUCAAUGUCGUCAUCUCCUGUGACGGCUGUGAGAGGAUGGCACCGUGGCACCGCUACCGAUGUCUGCAGUGCAUGGAUAUGGACCUCUGCAAGACCUGCUUCCUGAGUGGUGCCAAACCUGAAGGCCACGAGGAUGACCAUGAGAUGGUGAACAUGGAAUAUGCGUGUGACCACUGCCAGGGUCUCAUUGUUGGCAGCAGGAUCAACUGCAACGUGUGCGAAGACUUUGACCUGUGCUUCGGGUGUUAUAAUGCUAAGAAGUAUCCUGACAGCCAUCUUCCCACCCAUCGGAUCACAGUGUACCCCAUGGUGACCAUACGAAUCAGCGACCGCCACCGUCUGAUCCAGCCCUACAUCCACAACUACUCGUGGCUCCUGUUUGCUGCGUUGGCCCUGUACACAUCAGAACUGAGCAGCGAGAGGCAGAUGGAGGGAGAGAUGUUGGACAGCAGCACGUUGAGUGAGGCCUCAGCCCUGCAGACACGCUGCUCACAACUCAUCACUGAUUGUUUGCUCAAGGGGCAAACAGGAAAAGGUCUACGUUCCUCGGCUUUGCUUGCACUGCUGUCUUCCACUGAAUCGGCAUCUGAUAGUGAGCUGUGUCCAGUCUCUCCUGAGUCGUCUCAGGAGCUCAGCACAGCCACUGACACCUCCUCUCUUCCUGGCAGCACUGCAGCGAUCUGCUCCCCCUCAUCACCCAAGGGCACGAGUAAACCACCAGGAAAGGAGAAACAUUUAAAAGAGGUGGGCUCUCCUGCCCCUGCUCCCCCUGAGGUGUUGUCACCUCCAAGCACCGUAGAAGGAGAGAAAAACAAGCUGGUUACUCAAGAUACUCUGGAUUCCUCGAGUCUUAGCCAGACACCCUCCGUAUCCAGUGAGGAUCCUCUCUCUCCAGUGAUCCGACUUUCAGAAUCUGGACCAGGAACAGUCAACUCCCCAUCAUCUGAACUUGUCAAGGAGACAGAUGGGAGGGUGCCACAGGUUCCCCUUCAGGAGCAUGUGUUUUCAGAGUGUUCCAGAGAGAGGAUCCUGGGACUUCUCGCAGCCAUGCUGCCGCCAGCCAAACCAGGCAGGACACUGUCUCUUCGCAGUCUGAGUUCCAUCCUGCCCCAGCUUUUCAGGGCCAUCAUUUCCAAUGCUGGUUCUCUCAACGAGACCUACCACCUCACCCUGGGGCUGCUGGGUCAGCUGCUGCUCCAAGUCCCUCCACUGGAGGCCGACGUUGCUGUUACAGAAGCACUGGCUGACAAGUAUGAGUUGUUGACACAAGGAGAGAGGGUCACUUCAGACGCUGAGGGUUGGAAGACAACACAGCUGCUAUUCAGCCUCGGAGCCAUCUGUUUAGACAGUCGCAUCGGUCUGGAUUGGGCCUGCACAGUUGCAGAUAUUUUACACAGUCUGAAUGCUUGUCCCGAGUGGAGCCCAGUCAUUGCUGCCUUCACUGACCAUUGCGUUCAGCAGUUGCCACAAACUCUCAAACGCACCAACCUCUUCACCCUGCUGGUGCUGGUUGGCUUCCCUGAGGUGCUGUGUGUGGGCACUCAGACGGUGUUUAUCGACAACGCCAAUGAGCAGCACAACAUGAUUUUGCUCAAACACUUCACAGAAAAGAACCAUGCCGCAGUGGUUGAUGUUAAGACUCGCAAGAGGAAAACAGUGAAGGACUACCAACUCAUUCAGUCUCAGGACUCCACAACAGCCACUCUCCCAGGACAGCCAGAGGGCCAAGAGUGCCCAAAGACACUUCUCAGCCGCUACUUGAGUAAUUUCACCUCCAUCAUCAGCCACCUACUGCAGGCCAGUCAGGAUAAUGGUUCACAUGAUGCUGUGGAGGCCUCCUGGGUCCUGUCCUUGGCCCUCAAAGGUCUCUACAACACACUCAAGAAACAUGGAGUGGAGCAAUCUCAAGAGGCCAUCCAGCAGUCAGGACUGACCCAGCUUCUGGUGAGGAAGUGCAGCAAGGGGACAGGCUUUAGCAAGCUCUGGUUGCUGCGAGACCUCGAGAUUCUCUCCAUCAUGCUCUACUCCUCAAAGAGGGAGAUCCACUCCAUGGCCCAGGACCCAGAGAGAGACCAAAGAGAGCAGGACAAAGAGCACGACUCAGACCAUUCCAGUUGCUGCACUGAUGAAGCUGAUGUCAACAGGCCAGAUCCUUUAGAAGGUCUCGAUGAGGAGACCAAGAUUUGCUUCCAGAUCACCCAUGAUGCCUUAAACGCCCCUCUGCCCAUCCUGCGGGCAAUGUACGAGUUGCAAAUGAAGAGAACUGACUCUUUCUUCCUGGAAGUACAAAAGAGAUUUGAUGGCGAAGAGAUCAAAACAGAUGAGACAAUUCGCACGCUGGCUCAGAAGUGGCAGCCGAACAGACGGCCUCACUCGGAGGAGAGGAACACCAGGGCUGUGGACACUGAUAUGAUUGUGGUGUCCUGUGUGUCGAAACCCAGUCACUGUGAAAAGGCCACAGACGAGCUCAACGUAGUGGCCCAGAAGCUCAUCACUUAUUCAGAGAGUGACCUCCAGCUCAGCUAUGCCAAACAGAGGCGCACCAAAAGCUCAGCUCUUUUGCACAAGGAACUGGAUGUGCGCAGCAAUCGGGCAGUGCGUCAAUAUCUGGUGAAGGUCAACCAGGCCAUUGCAACGCUGUAUGCCAGGCACGUGCUGGCCUCUCUGCUGGCUGACUGGCCUGCUGAAGCUGCACUCAGCGAGGAGGCACUGGAACUGAGUGGUGCCUCACACAUGGCUUACAUCCUGGACAUGCUGAUGCAGCUGGAAGAGAGGCCUCUCUGGGAGAGGAUUCUCCAGAGGGUGCUGAAGGGUUGCAGUCAGAGUAUGCUGUGCAGUCUGUCUCUCACUGCUUGCCAGUUCAUGGAGGAGCCGGGUAUGGCUGUGCAGAUGAAAGAGUCCAAACACCCAUAUGACAACAACACCAACUUUGAGGACAAGGUGCACAUCCCAGGGGCCAUCUACCUGUCCAUAAAAUUUGACUCCCGUUGCUACACAGAAGAAGGCUGUGAUGAGCUCACCAUGUCCAGCACCAGUGAUUUUGUCCAGGAUGUCCACAAUUUCAGUGGCUCUCCUCAGAAAUGGUCUGAUUUUGAGAUCCCUGGUGAUACGGUGUACUACAGAUUUAUGUCGGAUAUGAGCAACACUGAGUGGGGCUACAAAUUCACUGUUACAGGAGGCCACAGAGGACGAUUUCAGACAGGGUUUGAGAUCCUGAAACAAAUGUUAGCUGAUGAGCAAGUGCUCAGUCACCUGCCACUGGCUGACAUAUGGGAGUGGCAGGUGGGUGUGGCCUGUCGCCAGACUGGGAACCAGCGACUCAAAGCCAUUCACUUGUUGCUCCGCCUCUUGCAGUGUCAAUCCGAGACAGCCUGUGAGCUGACACUGCUGCGACCUCUGUGGCAGCUCUUCAUGACUAUGGAAAACACCCUUAACCAGGAUCCCACCUGUAUCACUGUGCUGCUGCCUCUUCACAGAGCCCUCACUGAACUCUUCUUUAUUGCAGAGGCCCGAGCUAUGGCAAAGGGCAUCCUUCAGGAGUACUUAUUAGCCAUGACUACUGAUGAGCAGCUCCUCAAUCACACUGCUAUGGCUCUGAAGAACAUCGCUGCCAUCAGCCUGGCUAUAAAUUACCCCAAUAAAUCUACCAAGCUACUCAACAUGUCCCCCUGAGCUAUCUACAGAGAGAGGAGGACGAGGAGGACGAAGAAGAGAGCAAUCUGAAGGGGGACACGUCGUGCCUUGGCCAGUUUACUCUAGUCAAGGUGCAGAGAUGUGAUAGAGGGGAAGCCUCUCUCUGACCACCCAGUACUUUUCUUCUAACAGGACCCCCCUGUCCCCCGCCUUCCACACUGGUAACUCCCUGAAGUGCUGUGGACAUGAGCUGUGGCGGUGAUGGUGGUGGGGACACACAGUGCACUUUCCACACUUAUUUACAAUCCUUUUUGCCUUAGGUGAAUCCAGUAUAUCAGCAUGUUCAUUCACUGGAACAGGAACAGAAUCAUUAUUUUUUAUUUUUUUUUCCCUAUGUUUUUACUUGAAGAUGCCAUGCAAAAGGACACGAUGCGUGCCAAAUUCUUGACCUUUGCUACAUUAUUCCUUUUUGUCCCUGGUUUUCAUUAUCUCCAUCCUCAACAUUAGCCACAUUACAUAGUUGAUGAUGCUGAAAACAGGUCACCUUGGUGACUUGCGUGCCUCGGUGGACAUGUAGAGCAUCCUAAAAAUACUGUCCAGGACAGAAGAGUCUCAUUAGUCACCACUGGGAGAGAGUACUGACCUAGUAGCUCCCUCCACUCCACUCCUUUCUUUCCGUCCUUCUGUCCUUUUAGCCCAACCUUUUCUCUCAUUCCUCCUUUGCUUCUCAGGCAGCAGAGGUAGACGAUGGCAUUUUUGGGGCUCUGGGUGGAAAUCAGGAUCAUUACAUCAUCCUAAAUAUACGAAACACGUGUCACAUCUGCAACUUCCUGCUAGUGUAGUUGGAAGAGUGUCCCACUUCUGAUUGAUAUUAGUUUAAUCAGAUUGAACAAGAUAAGGAUGAUACUCGCGUACAGUCGCUAAAGUCUUUGCAUAGGAUAAGAAUUGACAUUACAGCUGAGGGAAAACUGUGGUAUUACACCAUUGCAAUGCAUUCCUCCACAUUAUUCUGUUAAUAUGUCAAAUCAUUUUCAUUGGGACAUCCUGAAUUCAUGGUUUUAUCCACCAUUAUUUUUCUUUUUUUAUUAUUAAUUGCUUUAUUUAAUGUAUACUUAGAUUUCAGCAGUGAAUCAUUAAUCGUAGUCUAUGACACUAUGAUGUUCCACUUCGGAAAAGAAUCACUCAAAUGCCAAUAUCAUAGUUCGAGACAGAAAAUCUUGCCACUGUUAAGAAUUGAAGCUUAUCCAUUGAUAAAUAGGAAGGUGACUGACCCAAUCCACUUGUCCACCUUUAACACAGCUAUCGCUAAAAAGGCUGGGUUCUUAAGUACUGAGUAACAUAAUCUUUUGUAAUCACACACACACACAUUUGGUGUGAAGCUUCCUCAGAUGUUAUAAUUAAAUAGUGAUUUUAACUCUACAUGCGAUAAAAACUGAAAUCCAGUCGAAGCCACAUCUGUCACAUCGUACAUAAUAUCAGUCGUAAAUAUCAUAUAUAUACACUCGUACAGUUUAGACUGUUGGUGCAUUUAGUUACAAAGAGAGUGUUUUCCAAUCACCGCUGUAAGAACUUCAAAUGGAGAGGUUUUUAGCUGUAAGAGAUGGUGGUGGUUUUAUACCAAAGAAACCAGUCAUUGUGAGCCAUGAAACAUCCGUGACAGAGUUCUGUUUCUGUUAGUCACCUAUCAGAAACCCUGUGAGACGCUGGAGCAAAAGACACCUUUAGACAUUGUUCAGUUUCUUUUUUUAUUUUAUUUUUUUACUUUUGAACCGGUCCGUACAAGGACCCAGUGAUAGAUCAGUGAUUUUGUUUACACAAGCAUUGGCUGCAGUGGUGGGAAAAGAGGAAGAGUUAAUAGUUCCUGCAUUUGGCUUCUACAAUGCCUCACCUAUCUACAACGUGCCUAUGGUUAAAAAUGAAGCAAUCAUAAUUUAACUCAUGUUCGUGGAAUAAUUAUUAAUUAUAUUUUAAAGAGAAAUAUAUUGUUUAAUUUGAGGUUUUUGUAACUUUUUACUUUUAAUGUUGGUUUCUUUUUUCGCGAGGAUGCUUGAUAUUCGAAGCUGACUAAUUUGAAUGUACAUAUCUGUGAAUAUUAAUUGCACAAAAGAAAAAAAAGACUUUGAUAUUUACUCCUUACAAAUGUAAACUUCAUUGGGCACUAACAGAUGGAUACUGAUUUUGAUUUUGUAUGCAUGGCACAUUGAAGGUAUGGAAGAAAAAAAAAUCAACAAAAGUACAGCUUGGGUUGAAAUGUGAUUCAUUUGUAAUUAAAAUAGAAAUUACUUGAA